AGGGUUUAUAGCUUAGUACACUCCUUCGUGAGUUGGAAACACCCGAACACACCAAUUUAAAGAUUAUAGUACCAGCAUCGUUAAGUGGGAACAAAAUGGCCCAGCAACCCCUGUUAGAGCUGCCAGAGUUCAAAAAUGCCUCUACAGGUACCCUGGUUGUGAAGGAGCCCCUGAAUUACUGGGGAGGAGCGAGAGUGCAGCUGAAGGAUGCAAAGAACUCUGAGCCAGUCUACGAACCUGCAACUGGUCGUGUCCUGUGCAAUUUGGUGCCCUGUGGGCAAGAGGAGGUAGACCAGGCCAUCCAGAGUGCCCACUCUGCUUACCUGAAAUGGAGUAAACUCUCUGGGAUGGAGCGGGCUCGGGUGAUGCUGGAGGCUGCUCGCAUUAUCAGAGAGCGCAGAGAUGACAUUGCCAGGGUGGAGGUCAUAAACAACGGGAAGACCAUCAUUGAGGCCCAGGCCGACAUUGAUUUUGCCUGGCAGUCUAUUGAAUUCUAUGCUGGCAUUGCUCCUACCCUGGCAGGCCAACACAUCCAGCUUCCAGGAGGAUCUUUUGCCUAUACGCGUAGAGAGCCUUUGGGUGUGUGUGCAGGAAUCGGAGCCUUUAACUACCCCUUCCAGAUUGCUGUCUGUAAAUCAGCCCCGGCUCUGGCCUGUGGCAAUGCUGUGGUGUUUAAGCCCUCUCCCUUCACCCCUGUGACGGCAGUCAUUUUGGCUGAGAUUUAUAAGCAGGCAGGAGCCCCAGACGGGCUGUUUAACGUGGUCCAGGGAGGUGCAGAGACUGGCACACUCCUGUGCCAUCACCCCAUGGUCGCCAAGGUGUCCUUCACCGGCAGCGUGCCCACCGGCAAGAAGGUGAUGGAGAUGUCGGCUAAAGGGGUUAAACAGGUGACUCUGGAACUGGGAGGAAAAUCGCCUUUGAUUAUCUUUAAAGACUGUGACCUGGAGAAUGCUGUCAAAGGUGCUCUCAUGGGUAAUUUCCUCACUCAAGGUCAGGUUUGCUGCAAUGGGACGCGUGUGUUUGUCCAGCGUGAGAUCAUGCCGCAGUUUCUGGAGGAGGUGGUGAAGAGGACCAAGGCCAUCUCUGUCGGUGACCCCUUGCAGGCGGGAGCCCGCAUGGGCGCCCUAAUCACCCGCCCACAGCUGGAUAAGGUCCUGGAAUAUGUUCGCAAGGCCAAAGAGCAGGGAGCAAAAGUUCUCUGUGGUGGAGAGCCAUUUGUGCCAGAUGAUCCCAAACUUAAAGGGGGUAAUUUCAUGUCCCCAUGCGUGCUUGACAACUGCAAGGAUGACAUGACCUGUGUGAAAGAGGAAAUCUUUGGCCCUGUGAUGUCUGUUUUGCCCUUUGACACGGAAGAGGAGGUGCUGCAGAGAGCCAACAACACCACCUAUGGCCUGGCCUCUGGAGUCUUCACCAGGGACAUAGCCCGAGCCCACCGUGUGGCCGAGAACCUUCAGGCAGGGACCUGCUACAUCAACAACUACAACGUCAGCCCCGUGGAGGUACCCUUCGGAGGCUACAAGAUGUCAGGUUUUGGAAGAGAGAACGGACUUGUGACUGUAGAGUAUUACUCUCAGCUGAAGACCGUGGUGGUGGAAAUGGGAAAUGUGGAAAGCCUCUUUUAAACAUACAGUUUCACUCUCUGUGGUGGUGAAAUUUGAAAACAUCCAUUCAGACGUGUUUGCACUAGGUUUUGCCUCAGCACGGUGUUAAAAACAGCCUUUGCAGUGUUGGUUGUGUUCCAGAUAUGUGAAACCAUUCCUACCCAUAACUUUGGUCCUCUUGAGGUAGUUCUAUAUUUUUCUAAUGCUGCGGUGAUUAAAGCAAAAUUAACAUUCUUGCGACUUUACUAAUUUUUAAGCACCAACGUUUUUUUUUCAAGUUAUAGACCUUUAUUCUUUCAAUAGAGCACUACAUUGUUACAAAAAAAUCACAUUGUACUAACUGUCUAAAUACAUUUCUAAUAAAUGUACCUUUGCAACAAAAAA